AUGUCAUCAAAGUGUAAAUAUGAAUCCAAUACUGCUAUUGAAGAGGAGGCUGCUAACACAAUCACUUCCACUUGUGGUUUAUGCGAUCACAACGAUAUUAUUAAUUGUAAUGAAGCAGUUGGAUCCUCCUGUAAUACUUCUUCGUCUUUAAUAACUGCUGAUUCAUCGAGUAAAACGGAUGUUAAACAUUCUGAAAAUAGAGAUCACAUUUCAAUGAGGUAUAAGUAUGCACUGAAUGGCAACACAAUGGUUAAUUCGGAUUAUUGUAAGCCUACUAACACCACCACCACUACUACUACUACUACCUCUACUAAUAUCAGUACUAUUUUUACCACUUCUAGUUCCUGCAUCACUAAAACAUCAACUAUUCUUACGCCUACUAACACUUCCACUUCUGUUAUAGAUAGUGGACAUACAUCCUCAGGUGUAAAUACUUUAUCUUCCUAUUCUUCCUCUUAUCCACCAGCCACAUUUCCAUCUCAUCGAAGAAGACGUGGUGGUGGAAUAAAUGGUGCUAUGCAUGCUACAAGUGGAGGUGCUAAUAAUAAUAAUAAUAAUAACAAUAAUAAUAGUAAUAAUAAUAACAAAAAUUAUUCAAGUUUUCGAUCGCAUAACCGACCGGCUAACUUUGGUUUUAAUAAGUCACUUCAAAAUUCAGUCUGGAAUCAUCAUCAAUCAGCAACAUCUGUAGCAUCGAAAUCUCACUCAGAUUAUCAUCAUCACCAUCAUCAUGAUGGAUUACAAAAUAGUAUUAAUAACAAUCAAACUAGUCAUUAUCAACAACAUCAUCCAUCACCUGUUUACUAUCAACCUCAUCCCCAUUAUCAUCGUGGUUCUAUCUCUGGUGCUACUGGUGGUGGUGGUGGUCCAACUCAAGAUUUAGACAUGGACUCUGAGAUGGAAAAUGAGAAGGCUUGUGCUACAGACAUGUCAACGUGUUCUCUUCCAGUCAAUGUACUGCUGCCUACAGUUCAGUCACCGUCGAGUUAUUGUUCACAAAGUGAUCGCCUUUUAAAUUCACAAUGUUACAGUCAUCAUCAUCAUCACCAAGUUCAUCAACACCUUCAACCUUACGAUGCUUAUAUGAAUAAAGGUUUUGGUAGUAAUACUAAUGGUGCAAUGUCAGUUGGCAAUGAUACAAUCAUUACUAAUGAACACGAAGAUAUUGAUCUAACUACAACAAAUGUUGGAUGGAGUACGCAAGACAGAAUUAUUCAUAAUCUUUUGUCGAAUAUUUUAUCACCACAGGUUACUGAAGUUAAAUCUCAUAGUGCAUUAAUCCAGCUAUCAUUUCCACAAGAUUUGAUUCAUUCAUCGAUUGUAACGCCAGAAACAGAAACAUCACUGUUGACUACAACAACAACAACAGACAUAAAUUGUACUUCGAUAACAACACUAGUAACAGGCACUCUACCAUUGAUCACAGCAACAACAACAACAACAACAAAAGCCAAAUCAAUUCCAACCUUGUCCUCUGAUAAUGGCUUAUCAUCAUUGACAGAAAGUAAUUCUAAUAAUGAUACUGUAAAUUCUUAUAAAGCUACAUAUUCCCCUUCAAAGAAUCUACACAAUGAGUACAAACCAUCAUCAUCAUCAUCAUUGACGACGACGACGCCGAUAGCAACAACAGCACUGUCAACGACAAAGAGGAAUCUGUCCAAAGGCGAUAUAAGUAAUCAUUCUGCUACUAAUAAUGAUAAUAAUAGUAAUAAUAAUGAAAAUGAUGAGUAUGGCAGUGCAAAUGAUGAGUUGAACGCCAACAGCAAUAUAACCACUUCCAACACCGAUACUAAUAAUGAUAAUAUCAAUCAAAAUGAACAGUAUCAGUUAACAAUUGACCUAGAUGCUAUACAAUUUGAGUUACACUUAACUGAACGAUGCAGUACACCACAAUUUAAAUGUGUUUUCAUUGGAGAAGCUACAUUCAUAUCACUGCAAGACCUUCGUCCCGGAACAAAUUAUUAUGUAAAAGUAUGCUGUAACUAUUCUGGAAUACGUGGAGAUUUCAGUCCAGUUGCCCAUUUUAUUACACUACCAUCUCAGCCGAGUCCACCACGAACUAUACAAAUAAUAUGUCAGACACGUAAUUCAUUACAUAUAAAAUGGGGCCCUGGCAUCGACAAUGGUUCACGUAUCACAUCAUACAAGUUAGAAUAUGCUCAGGUGUCGACAAAUUCAUCUGAAAUUGGAUUAGAUAAAAAUCAGGAUCCGGAAUUUUUUGAACCUAUUCAAGUGUUCGGUAGAUCAUAUAAGAUAAAUCAACUGUCUCCGUCUACAGAAUAUUUGAUUCGUGUCGCAGCAAUAAAUCAAUACGGACAAAGUUCCUGGAGUCCAAUACUCUCAGCAUCAACAUCUGGUAGUCCACCAGACAUGCCACUACCACCAUUCUUAAUACAAGCUGAUGUCCAUUCAUUAACACUUGGAUGGCGUCCACCAACUAACUUAUCUGAUCAAUACCAGUACCACAAUCAUCAUCAUCAUGAUAUUACAUGUGAUCAAACAAAUUCAUCUAGCUAUAUGAAUCAUUUGAAUCCGAUUACGUACACUUUAGAAAUGGAUGAUCAAGCUAUGGGUCAUGGUUUUGUCACUGUUUUCGAUGGUACUGGUACAGAGCAUUGUAUUGAUAAUCUACGUCGUAAUACACGUUAUCGUUUCCGAUUAGCAGCAUCUAAUGUGGAUGGUAGAAGUCGUUGGAGUGAAACCAUAACCUUGACCACUCUUCCAGAUCAUCCAUCUCCACCAAGAAAUUUAAGAAUUUAUGGUUCACUUUUACAGCCAACUCGAUUAGCCAUAACAUGGGAUGUACCAGAGGAUGACGGUGGGAUGCCUAUCCAAGCUUAUCGUUUAGAAGCUUUGCUACCCUAUAGCAAUAGUAAUAACAAUAAUACCAGCCUAGUUAAUGGAACUUUAACCAAUGGAUCAAAUACAAAGUUGAAUGAUGGUACUUAUUCUUUGGAAAAAAUUGAUGAUCAUAUGGAUGUUAUUAAAAAACUAAUAUGCUGGCCGCAUGUUACUGCCUUAAAGCCUGGCGCACCUAUUCUGUCCGCAAUAAAUUCAUCAUGCUCUCCUAAUAUUAUUUCUGCUAAUACUUCUUCUUCUUCUGCUGCUAUUACUACUACUACUGCCAAUGUUGUAGAUGAAAAUUAUCUUGUAAAUAACUAUGAUAGUAAUCAUAAAAUAACGUCAGAUAUGACGAAUGGAAACAGAAAGUAUCAAUCACGUAUUUUUGAAAUGGAUUCCAAUGUCAUUGAUUGUACUAAGUCAACAGAGAAUGCUCAGAAUAAUAAUAAUGAUAAUAAUGGGACUACUACUAGUAUUACCACUAUUUCCCCAACAAUCACUACCUCAACUGCUCAUAACACUGACUAUGAUUUGGAAUUGAACUAUUCACAUACUGCAUGGUUUAUUAUCUAUGAAGGUCCUGAAAAAGAAUUACUCAUUGAAAAUCUACCACCUGGAUUCUGUUUGCAAUUACGUGUACGUGCAUCUUGCUCAUUAACAGAUAAUACAAAUCCACUAUGUUCAGCAUUUUCUUCUACCUCUUCUUCGUCUUCAUCCUCGUCAUCAGUGUCAUCAGGAAGGGUUUCUGUUUUAAAUCUACACAAUUAUUCAACUGAUAUGUCUUAUAGUCUAGCAAGAAGUAAAACUGUUGGUAUGAAUGCUGCUGUUACUACUACUACUACUACUACUGCUACUGCUAACACUAGUGCUACUACUACUAGUGUGGGUGGUGGUACAACUGGUAGCGGAGGAUUAUGGGGUAUGGCAAACUGUCCACCAUUGAAAAUACGUAUGCCACCUAUUCCACCGUCAGCACCAUGUUCUGGUCCACGUCUUGUUGGUAAACCAAAGCCAACCUCAUUGCAUUUAUGUUGGUCUCCACCGAAACAAACUGGAGGUGCACCGAUUUUAGCUUAUGAGGUUUGGCAGUUGACAUUAGAACUACAAGUUGGAUUGAUGAAGAAUCAGAAGAUAAUCAAGGUUCAAAUCUUUCAAUACAAAGAUAUUGCUCUUCUACACCAUCGUCUUCAUUAG